CCUUUGCUAAAGGGCCGCCGCCGCCGCCGCUCUCUCCCCUUCUCCCGGCGCAGCUGCACAAAAGACUUUCGAGGAGCCUUAUUAUUUUCCCCCUUCUCCAGCUGCGGUCGUCAUGUCCCGGCGGAGGGGGCUCCUGCCUUACCCCGCCGCCGCCGCCGCCUGCGUAUGCAUCUUCUCCCUCUUCAACACUGUUAGAGGUCUCAAUAUUUGCACAAGUGGCAGUGCUACCUCCUGCGAAGAAUGUUUGCUUCUUCAUCCCGAGUGUGCUUGGUGCUAUAAAGAGGAAUUUGGCAGCAAAAAAUCCAUCACUUCGAGGUGUGACUUCACCGAAAAUCUAAUAGCUAAUGGUUGUGCGGGGCACUUUGAGAGUACAAAAAGCAGCAUUAAAAUAGUGAAGAACCUUCCUUUGAGCAGCAAGGGCUCUAGUGUGGCCAGUUCGGAUGUUAUCCAGAUAAUGCCACAAAAGAUCUCACUAAAUCUGCGGCCUGGUGAUCCAACGCCUUUCCAUGUGCACGUUCGGCAGGUAGAGGACUACCCUGUGGACCUGUAUUAUUUGAUGGACCUUUCCCUCUCCAUGAAGGAUGAUUUGGACAACAUCCGGAAUCUGGGAACCACGCUGGCCGAAGAGAUGGGGAAACUCACCAGCAAUUUCCGCCUUGGGUUUGGCUCUUUCGUGGACAAAAGCAUUUCUCCCUUUUCUUACACAGCACCUAGAUACCAGAACAACCCUUGCACUGGUUACAAGUUAUUUCCCAGUUGCGUCCCAUCCUUUGGAUUUCGCCACCUUUUGUCCCUCACGGAUAAAGUUGACCGGUUUAAUGAAGAGGUUCAGAAACAGAAGGUUUCCCGCAAUAGGGAUGCCCCAGAAGGUGGCUUUGACGCAAUCUUGCAGGCUGCUGUGUGUGAGAAGGAGAUUGGAUGGCGGAAGGAGGCUUCUCACUUGUUGGUGUUCACUACGGAUGAUGUCCCACACAUAGCACUGGAUGGGAAGCUGGGUGGAUUGGUGCAGCCACAUGACGGGCAGUGUCACCUGAAUGAGGCCAACGAAUACACCGCUUCCAAUCAACUGGAUUAUCCUUCUCUUGCUCUUCUUGCAGAGAAACUAGCUGAGAACAAUAUACACCUAAUUUUUGCAGUGACGAAAAGUCACUAUGUUCUUUAUAAGAACCUUACUGCCCUCAUUCCUGGAACGACGGUAGAGAUUUUAAAUCAAGACUCUACAAAUAUUAUCCAGCUUAUAGUCAAGGCCUACAAUAGUAUCCGAUCUAAAGUAGAGCUAACUGUCUGGGAUAACCCUGAGGACCUCAACCUGGGUUUCACAGCCACAUGUCAGGAUGGCUUGUCAUACCCUGGAGUCAGGAAGUGUGCAGAUCUUCAGAUAGGAGACACGGUUUCCUUUGAAAUAUCAGUAGAAGCUCGGAGUUGCCCCACUGAGAACACCUCGCAUACGUUCACUAUCAGGCCGGAUUGGUUUCGGGACACUCUGGAGGUGACCGUCACCUACAACUGCGUGUGCGGAUGUACCAAACAGAUAGAGCACAGCAGCAGCAAGUGCAGUGGGAACGGCACCUACGUGUGUGGGUUAUGUGACUGUGAUCCGGGCCACGUGGGAGCCAAGUGUGAAUGUGAGGAAGGCGAGAGUGGGAACAUGUACCAGAACAUGUGCCGCGAAGCUGAAGGGAAGCGGGUCUGCAACGGCCGUGGGGAAUGCUCUUGCAACCACUGCGUCUGCUUCGAGAGCGAAUUUGGGAAGAUCUAUGGGCUGUUCUGCGAGUGCGAUGACUUCUCCUGCCCAAGAUAUAAAGGUGUAAUCUGUUCAGGUCAUGGGGAAUGCCACUGUGGGGAGUGCAAAUGCCACCGUGGUUACAUUGGGGACAACUGCAACUGCUCGACAGAGACGGGCCAGUGCCUUUCCAACGAUGGCCAGAUGUGCAGCGGACGAGGCAACUGCAUUUGUGGGAAAUGCCAGUGCACAGAACCAGGUGCCUUUGGAGAAACGUGUGAGAAAUGCCCUACCUGCCCAGGCGUCUGCAGCACAAAAAGGGACUGCAUUGAGUGUAUGCUGUUUAACUCAGGAAGACUGGCUGACAACCAGACCUGCCAAAAACACUGCCGGGACGAGAUCAUUACUCGAGUGGAUGUUCUCAAAACUGAUGACCCUCAUUCAGUCUUGUGUGCUUACCCAGUGAAGGACUGUGUGAUGAAGUUCACCUACACGGAACUCACCAGUGGAAAGACAAACAUCACUGUUCUCAAGGAACCAGAGUGUAGCACUGCCCCUGAUGCCAUGAUGAUCUUACUGGCUGUGAUAGGCAGCAUUGUGCUCCUGGGGAUUGUCCUCCUGGCAAUUUGGAAGCUGCUGGUCACUAUUCAUGACAGGCGAGAAUUUGCCAGAUUCCAAAGUGAGCGUUCCCGGGCAAGAUAUGAAAUGGCUUCAAACCCUCUUUACCGAAAACCUAUUUCCACCCAUAGCUUAGAUUUCACAUUCAACAAGCUUAACAGGACCUAUAAUGGUACAGUUGAUUGACCCUAUGCUUGAAGGUGGAAGAGAGAGUGGAAUUCUUGACAAUUGCUUGGCUUCCUCACCGCUUCCCAAAAAGGAAGACUGAAUCCUCUACAGUGGGACAGUAUUCUAAACUUUGACUUGAAUGUCAGGAGAUGGCUUCUAUUGCACAUUGAGGACAAAUGGG